AUGACACAACUGCCGCGUAGCGACACUUACCUCGAGAUUAUUCGGCUGAACGCGCUCGCCGCCGAAACGCCCUUUUGUUGCCCUCUCUCUCACCCCUCUCUUCCCGUCGCGCUCUCUCUAUCCGCGCUCUUCCCGUCGCCUCCCUUCCCAUCACGCUCUCUCUCCCCCCUCCCUUCCCAUCGUGCUCUCUCUCUCUCUCUCUGCUCCCUUCCCUUCGCCCUCUCUCCCGUCGCCCUCUCUCUACCCCCUCCCCUCCCACCGCGCUCUCUCUCUCUCCGCUCCCUUCCUGUCGCCCUCUCUCCCGUCGCCCUCUCUUCCAUCGCCCUCGCUCUCUCCUUCGCUCUGUCCCGUCGCCCUCUCUCCCGUCGCCCUCUCUCCUAUGGCCCUCGCUCUCUCUUUUGCUCUGUCCUGUCGCCCUCUCUCCCGUCGCCCUCUAUCUCUCACGUCGCCCUCGCUCUAUCCCGUCGCCCACGCUCUCUCCCGUCGCCCCCGCUCUCUCCCGUUGCCUCGCGAAAUUUUCUGCCGUCUCGUAGUAAUAUCGACCUUGCUAUCCCCCUUCCUGAAGCUCAAAGUAUUCAGUGA